AUGCAAAAGAAGUAAUUGAUAAAAGAUUUUGAUGAAGCUAAGUAUUUUGAUAAUUAUGAUGAGAAAUUGAAAAAUGAGUAAGUAAGGUAAAGAGAGAUGGAAAAAUUAAAAAAGGAUUAAUAACAGGAAGAUGAAUUAAUUCCAUUAGAUAAUUAUAUGCUAGAUAUCUUAAAAUAAUAUUAAAAAGAUUUGGCUGAACCAUAAAAAGUGAAAAAGUUUGAAGUUGGAUAAUUUGAGAAUGAAGACCCUAUUUUAUUAUAAUAUGAAUUAAUGAAAUAAAAUAAAUUGAAUUAAUAAAGUAAACCAGUUUGUAUAUGAAAAGAAAAAAAGAAAGGUAAUAAAAUGGAAAUAAUGAGGAUUCAAUACCUAGUGAUAUUGAUAUAGAUGAAAUGGAAGAUGCAGAAAAAAAGAAAAAAAAUAUUGAACCAUUACAAUUAAUUGAUCAUUCUUAAAUCUAAUAUGAAGAAUUUGAAUCAAAUUUUUAUUAAGAACAUGAAGAAAUAACUAAUUUAAAUGUAACUCAAGUAGAAAAGAUAAAAAGAGAAUAUUAAAUUCAUAUUAAAGGCAAUAAUACACUAAAACCAAUAAUAUCAUUUGGACAUCUCUAAUUGGACUAAAAAUUAGUUAAUAAAAUAGUAGGAUGAAGCUGAUUAAAUGUUUUGUUUAGAUUUUCAAUAUUAAAUUAGAUCUAUAAUAAAUCAAAUAAGACCUGAUAAAUAAAUAUUGUUGUUUACUGCUACUAUGAAAAAGAAGAUUAGAUAAUUAUGUGUAGAUAUGUUGAUUGAUCCUAUUGUUAUUAAAAUUGGUGAGAAUGGAAAUUAAGUGAAUGAUGAUAUUAAAUAAAUGCCUGUAAUUAUUGAACUUAAAAACUUAUUUAUAAAAUGGAAAAGUAUUAAGAUUUGUUAAUUAAAUGGGUUAAUGUGA